CGCAAUUCAGUCCUAAACCCGAGAGGCAGUAAUACGCUAGAGUAGUGUCUAGCCUGACAAAAACCCAGAGACUAUCUUGUAUUGAUUUGGGGCGGGGCAGCAGCUGAGCAGCAGCCAACUACACAUGUGCGUCUCAUGAAGAAGUCUCCUCGUCGGAUUCCCGGCUGUCUCGCUGGUAGUCUCAUGUCGCUCCUGAAAGAUGCUCCACGCCGAAACCCUAGAUGACCCGCCUCAGACGCGCGUCUCACGCAGGCUGUGUGGCUGCUCCAACCUGUUAACAUGGGCGCCGAAAUGAAAAGCAAGAGGUUCCGCGACCGUCACGCACACGCGAGGUUGGCUAGUUUGGGAUAGAAUCCACAUGUGGUGUAAACUGGUCUGAUGUGUUCCAGUCUCCUGAGAUAGGGGGUGCUGUUUCUAAAAUGAGUCACUCAGGAGAGCCAGACACCGAAGGAGGAACCCUCAGCACUAACAAAAAACGGGUCCAGGUAGAAAGAGCAGGGUCACCUGUACCCAGCUGUGUGUCUAUGAAGAGUGAUCAUUCAAUGGGGACGAUAUUCAACUUCAGAGAAGAGGUUCCAGGUGAUUCAAGGAUCCAGCAGUCACUGGAGUACAGCUCUUUUGAGGAGAAGGGUUCAGAUAAAUUAUCUUCCGCAAAAAAGUCUCUCCUGCUCACGCUGAUGAAGCUGAAGAAGGAUGAGAAGUUGAAACUCUUUCAGAGCCAUUUGAGUCAGGAUUGCCCGGAAUGCUGUCUUGACGAUCAGUUUAUGAAGUUUAUUAAUGAAUUGUUCGACAGUCGUGAAGUUGAUGAUUGCCCUGAAUGCAUUGAGAGAGAGCAGGAGGAUCCUGAGGCUGCGUGCAUAGUUGAGAAGUUGCUGGAGACCUGCGGCAGUGAGAGGUUUCUGAAGAUCACACUCCACAUCCUGAGGAAGAUGAAGCAGAAGGAGCUCGCUGAGCACAAUGAGUUCAUAAAAAGAGCCCAGCAGGCACUGAAAACUCAUCUGAAGAAGUUUGAAUGCAUAUCUGAAGGUUUAACAAAGCAGACAACCCUCCUCAAUGAGAUCUAUACAGAGCUCUACAUCACAGAGGGGGGAAGUGGGGAGGUCAAUAAUGAACACGAAGUCAGACAGAUUGAGACAGCAUCCAAGAGACAAACCACACAGGAGACUGCAAUCCUCUGCUAUGACAUAUUUAAGCCUUUACCUGGACAAGAAAAACCUAUCAGAACUGUGCUUACAAAGGGCAUUGCUGGCAUUGGGAAAACUGUCUCUGUGCAGAAGUUCAUUCUGGACUGGGCAGAAGGAAAAGCCAAUCAGGACGUUGAUUUCAUCUUCACUCUUCCUUUCCGAGAUCUGAAUCUGCUGGAGAAAAGAGAAUUCAGUCUGAUGCAGCUUCUGCAGCACUACUUUCCACAGCUGAAAGAGAUCAAAAGUAUUGAAGGUGAUGAAGUCAAAGUUGUAUUUAUCUUUGAUGGACUGGAUGAGUGUCGACUUCCUCUAAAUUUCCAAAGUAAUAAGUACUGCUCCGAUAUAACAGAGUCAUCAUCAGUGGAUGUGCUGCUGACCAACCUCAUUAAGGGGAAUCUGCUUCCCUCUGCUCUUCUCUGGAUCACCUCCCGACCAGCAGCAGCCAAUCAGAUCCCUCCUGAGUGCGUCCACCAGGUGACAGAGGUACGAGGAUUCAAUGACCCACAGAAGGAGGAGUACUUCAGGAAGAGAAUCAGAGAUGAGAAAAAGGCCAGCAAAAUUAUCUCACACAUAAAGUCAUCCAGGAGUCUCUACAUCAUGUGUCACAUACCAGUCUUCUGCUGGAUUUCUGCUACUGUUCUGGAGACAAUGUUGGAUAAAGUGAGUAGAGACCUGCCCAAAACUCUGACUGAAAUGUACACACACUUCCUGCUCGUUCAGACUAAUGUGAAGAAUGAGAAGUAUCAUGGCACCAAUGAGACAACGCCAAAGAAAAUGUCAGCAUCAGAUACAGAAAUCAUCCUGAAACUGGGGCAGCUGGCUUUUCUACAGCUGGAAAUGGGCAAUCUGAUAUUCUAUGAAGAGGACCUGAGAGAGAGUGGCAUUGAUGUCAGUGAAGCUUCAGUGUACUCUGGGGUGUGCACAGAGAUCUUUAAGGAGGAGUGUGGGUUGCACCAGGAGAAGGUCUACUGCUUUGUGCAUCUGAGCAUUCAGGAGUAUCUGGCUGCCCUGUUUGUAUUUCAAUCAUGUGUAAAUGAGAACAGAAAUGUACUCAGAGCAGAAGAAUCAAAACCUCACAGUGACAGAGUGCAGCUGUCUGAGUUACACAGGAAUGCAGUGGAUCAGGCCUUAGACAGUAAGAAUGGACACCUGGACCUUUACCUCCGAUUCCUUCUCGGCCUCUCCCUGGACUCCAUUCAGACUCUCGUAGGACUACUGACACAGACAGGAAGCAGACCUGGUGGAAGCAUUAAGAAAACAGUCCAGUACAUUAAGGAGAGGAUCAGAGAGGAGUCAUCAGCAGAGAGGACCAUCAAUCUGUUCCACUGUCUCAAUGAACUGAAUGACAUCUCUCUAGUGCAGGAAAUCCAGAAUUCCCUGAGAUCAGGAAAUCUUUCUGAUAAAAAGCUGGAACCAGGCCAAUGUUCAGCUCUGGCCUUUGUGUUACUGAUGUCAGAGGAGGUCCUGGAUGAGUUUGACUUGAAUACCUACAACACAUCAGCAGCAGGUCAUCAGAGACUGCUACCAGUAGUCAGGAACUGCAGGAAGGCCAUACUGAACAGCUGUGACCUCACAGAGAAGUCCUGUGAUAUUGUGGCCUCAGCUCUCCAGUCAUCAAACUCACCCCUGAGAGAUCUGGACCUCAGCUACAAUAACCUGGGAGAUUCAGGAGUGGAGCUGCUCUGUGCUGGAUUGAGGAGUCCAAUCUGUAAACUGCAGAGACUGGGACUGAACAGCUGUGACCUCACAGAGAAGUCCUGUGAUAUUGUGGCCUCAGCUCUCCAGUCAUCAAACUCACCCCUGAGAGAUCUGGACCUCAGCUACAAUGACCUGGGAGAUUCAGGAGUGGAGCUGCUCUGUGCUGGACUGAUGAGUCCAAACUGUAAACUGCAGAGACUGGGGCUGUCAGGCUGUGGAGUCACACAGAGAGGCUGUGAUUCUCUGGCUUCAGCUCUGUGUUCAAACCCCUCACACCUGAGAGAGCUGGACCUGAGAUACAAUCACCCAGGAGACUCAGGAGUAAAAGCACUGUCUGCUGCUAAACUGGACACACUCACACUGCUUGUGGACAAUGGAGGAGAGAACAUGACCAAACCAGGACCCAGGAAAUACGGCUGCCAGCUCACACUGGAUCCAAACACAGCGCAAAGAGAGCUGUCUCUGUCUGAGGGGAACAGGAAGGUGACACACACACCGGGGAGAGAGCAGCCAUAUCCUGAUCAUCCAGAGAGAUUUGAGUAUGAGCCCCAGGUUGUGUGCAGAGAGAGUGUGUGUGAGCGCUGUUACUGGGAGGCUGAGUGCAGUGGGACUGAGUGGGAGGAGGGAUGGGUUUCUAUAGCAGUGACAGAUAAAGGAAUCAACAGUAAAGGACCGGGGUCUGACUGUGAGUUUGGAUACAAUAAAAACUCCUGGAGUCUGGAGUGCAUGUUCAGUGACUCUGAUAAAGUCAGAUACUCUGUCUGUCACAAUAACAACAAAACACGCCUACCUGCCCCCCCCUCCCCCUACCACAGAGCAGGAGUCUGUAAUGAUGAUGAUGCUGAUAGACGAGUGUGUGUGUACAGGGUAGGAGUGUGUGUGGACCGUCCAGCCGGCACUCUGUCCUUUUACAGCGUCUCUGACUCUGACACACUGACCCUCCUGCACAGAUUCCACACACAAUUCACUCAAUACAAACCCCUCUAUGCUGGAUUUGGAGUGUGGGACUCCUCAGUGUCCCUCUGCCAACUGGAGUAGAGACACACACACACAUUCACACACAUGUGCGCACGCACACAAACAUGCACACACACACGUGCG